GAGAAACUAAAAACAAUAUAAUCUAGAGCAAUUAACUAACUGAGUAUAAUAGAUCAAACAACAUAAUUAUAAACAGACGCAAUUAAAGUGUCAUUUGUUAAACUAGGAGGCGGGAACCUUGACCUGUUGACAGUUGUUCUUUAUUAUUAUUCAAGAUCAUGAGUGACAAGUUAGGGAAACGUGUCAAGGAUCUUAUAGAAAGAGAAAACUGGAGAGAACUGGAAGAUUUAGUGUUAAAUACUGAAGAUGAAUGGGUGUUAGAAAUUCUUGCACGUAGAAUACAUGGGCCAGAAGGUCCACAGUGGCUGAGAGGUCUUCUCUCUGCUCUUUCAUGUGAUACCAGAGAAAGUACUAAUCUUAGACAAAAGAUUUAUGAAAAUGUAUUGAAACAAGUGCGGAAUGAAGCAAGCGGAAAUGAGAGAGCUGCCGGGGAGUUAAUAGGAGUCUUAAUGAUACACGUAGAUAGCUUCCCGACUAAUGCUGUUGUGGCCUUGAUUGAUCUGUAUGUUGAUUACAUCGAGAAUGGGGCGCCUCUCCAGGGCAGAUGGGUAGACCUGUUAGCCAAGCUUAUUACCUGUGUGAGCCAGAAGGAGGAUGUCAUUAUUGGAGGAAAACAUAUGACAGGUGAUGAUUAUCGCUACCAAGUCCUCAAAUCCUUUUGUGACCUCUCUUGGUGUGCUGAAACUACAACAAGCCUUUUACCUGUUUUCAAAGAUAUGAACCUGCCUAAAGAGGAGCUACAUGAUGUAAUUUUCAAAGUGGAAAGAGUCUUAAAGGAGGUGGAUUAUCAGUCAGUGCCGCCCAUCAUUUAUCAUCUGAUUCUGUUAAUGCGUCGUGAUCUGCCAGGCCGAAUACUGCAGGUCGUUAUUGAUUACUUUAAUAGCCAAGAAAACAAAUUGAAACAAGACAGGAACAAUGUAGGAGAUGAAAUAAAUAGCCUGGAGUUUGAUUCAGAAGUAAUAGAGAACAGUAAAUACAGUGAUCUUACUGAAGCAAAAGGUACUGUCAUUCUUCAUGUGACUCACCAUGCCCAAUAUAAUGCAGCCCUUGUUCGGGAUUAUCUCAAGUUUAUUAGGUCCUCAACUUGGCUUGCUGAGAAGUUAAUUACACCUUUCAACUUGGCUCUGUCACUUUCCCUGGCAUCCAUUGAGAAGUAUAAGGAUCAGAUUCUAGAAGCUCUUAAAUCUUGUCUCCUGAAACUUUCGUCAGGAAAACGAAAGCCAACAGUCUCAGUAAGUCAGGGAUUAGUUCAUCUAUCAUUCAAUCUGCUUGAGUCAGGAAGUGGACCAAAAGGAGAGACAUAUGUCAGUCAGCGAGCCAUUGAGUUAGCUUCAACUGUCUUGCCCCUCAUUGUCAAGAAACAGCAACACCUGGGACGCUCUGUCAUCUCUCAACUCUCAAACUUGAUCCUCACAGCAUCUUCACCUGUUCAAUAUAUUGAAAUCCUGGGAAAGCUGGCUAAAAUGUUACCUUUAGUGCUCCUGGACCAUCUUAAUGUGAUUCGGGAGCCAUUAGAGUUCUCGGAAUCUUUAUCACUUCGAGCUGCGACUCACUUUUUGAGCGCUAUCCUGCCACUUCUCAAGAUGAGCAUGAGUCUUAAGGAUGCCCUCAUGAUCACACUGAGAAAGAUGCUCUUUUCCAAGAAAGUUGAGAGUCGCCAGAUUGCAGUAAGAGGAUUCCUGCAAUUUCUUAGACACUUCAGAGUGAUGGGUGCACUUCCAUCAUCCCAAGCCUCAAUGUCCUUCUCCUCGUCAAUGAGCACAGUCAGCGUAAAUGCUGAUGUUCACUCUGUUUUCAAUAAUUCAACAAAUGAAGCCCUGUGCUUUGAGCUGCUUGGAAUAUUGAGGCGAUGCUUCUCACAGCAGCAUGAGGUAAAAUCAAUCUUCUACUUAGGGCUUUAUGAUGUCAGUCAAAACAACCCCAACCUUGUUGUGAACAUUAUGGAACUUCUACUUCAGCAUAGCAAGUGCUUCUUGGACUUACGGCCAGAUAUAUUUAAUCCUGUCAUCUUGAAGAAGGUUAUUGUCAUCCUGGGUGAAACAACCAUACUUACAGAACCCAUGGGAGAUCUGCUGUCCAGCCUCGGAGCAUGCAAGACAUAUUAUGAGGAACACCAUGCAAGUGAGGCCAAUGAAGAAGAUGAUGAGAAUGCCAUAACAGUUCUUAAUGAAAUAUGUGCUGUAUUUGAUGUAUUGACAGAGAAGCUUUCAGGUUGUGGUUUGGAAGACCUGGGUUUUGAUACUAAUGGAGACUUUUCAACCACUUCACCGUCAGGUCACAAAAAUAUCUUUUCUGCAAAAGUGAUGAUAGGUGUAUUUGAUAGCUUAUUGGAGUACACUUUUACCAGUAAAGCACAAACACCUGAGGAAAGGAUGCAAGUAAUUGUCUCCCUUUUUAAAUCUCAAAGGAAAAUUGUUGAACUGUUGAAGGAAAAGUCUAAAAAACCCAAAAAGAAAGGAGGUCGAGUAUCUAGACAAACCAUAGCCCUAAAAAGUCACUUGAGUUUGCGAGUGACAGCAGACAUGCUCGCUGUUUCACUAAGUGAUAGUGACACUGAUGCUUCUGAUAGUGGUUUUAUUUUGAAAGGCAACCAUGAAUUGCAGUUAUAUCUUUUAUCUAUUGUGGAAGAUGUCUUGUCAUCAGUGAAGGGAAUGACUCGAUCAGAGAAAGAAAAAAUUCUGCCCCAUUUGAGGACUAUUGCAAAGGUUCUCCUUCGUGAAUGCACAGACAAUUUGGGCUCUGCAGACUCCUCAGAUGAGAGAGAGGUAACUAGACUGAGGCAGAGUUUGCAUAUUAUUGCAAAUGUUUUAACCAUCUUCAACAAAUUUUACAAGCAUAAAGUAGAAACAAUAUUGAAGGAUUUGAUGAAUAAAAAUGAUAAUAAAAGCCUUAAUGCACUGUUAUUUCAAAUAACUAAACGGUUUCAGAAGAUGCUGCUAAAAAUCUUACAUCACAAGGAACGAACUCCUUUGUUGAAGGAUGCAAUUACAAUAGUUCACAUAGUAACAGCAGUUACACAAGCCAUGGAACCACAGUGCUCUGAAGUUAAAGAUGUUCAAGAUUGGGUACAUCAGUUAUGUAAAGACCAAGAUUUUGGUCAUUGUGGAUUGACUGAAGCUAUGAUGAAUCUUCUUAUGAAAUUGUCCAAUCAGAUCAAAGGUAAUCAUAACCUUACUCGAGGAAUAGCUAAAGAGUUAUAUCACAGGCUUGGAAAACUUGGAGUAAAUGUUAGCAUUGAUGAACCUGUUAAAUAUAUGAUGGUCACUGGUGACACAUCAUCAGUCAUUUUAUCAUGUCUCCUUGUACACCUGGAUGACACACUGGGCCUCAUAGAAUUGGCUUUAAACAAAAUGAAAGCUUGUGUUGUAUCAGGCACACAAUAUAAUGCUGAGAAAGUUGAAAAUUGUAUCAGUCUGAAGUGCAAUAUUUUGAUCCAAGCUCUACAUGAAGUAGUCCAGUCAGCCAUUCCUCUGGGUGUAAGUACAGAUCACACUCUGAAAGUAGUGACAAAGAUGUACAAUGUUUUAGCACUCUAUGCAAAGUUUUAUAUUGAUCUUUAUCGAAUUAAGAAUUAUGCCCAAAUCUCAGAUAAAUUUGAAACAAUUGUUCACAAAUCUGGAGAACUGAUUACCAAGCCUAUAUAUCCCUUGAUAACUUACAUUGAAGGGACACAUAGAGAAGCAGGGAGUAAAAUUCAAAGAUCAAUUACUGCUAGAGCAAUGAAAGAGACUAAACUUAUACCAUCUCUAAUUUUUGCAAUUGAACAAUAUGAGAAACACCUUAUCACACUCACCCACAAAUCUAAGGUAAACCUUAUGCAGAAAAUGGGAGUGAGUACAUGUCGGGAUUUCAAGAUUAUGCCAGCUACUCUCAAGGAAGUUUUACAGAAAGAGAAUGAAGAGGAGCAGGAGAAUGUAUUGAAUAGUACUGAUGAAGAGGCAGGGUCUGAUGACCAAGAGGAGGAGGAAGCCACACACAGGAAAGUUGAGUCCUCUCUAUUUAAUCGGAACAAAAGAGAAAUUAAGAGAAAAUCUUGUACAGAGAUGAAUGAAGAUGAUGAAAAUGAUCCCAACUCUCAGAAUAGGACUAGUGGGCCCCCUAGCAAGCAUAGAAAAAUAUCUUUGGGCAAAAAGGGAAAAAAAUAUAAAUAAUUUGUUGAUACUUUCUAGACUAUUAAACUGGAAGCUGCCAUCUAACAAAAUAGUAUUAACUACAUUUGUGUGUAUUAUUCACAUAGAAAUUUUUACUCUACAAUCUAAAGGUACACUCAUUUGUUUGGAAACAUGCGUAGCAGUUUAUAAAGUACAGAUACAUAGCUAAGUGCAAUACAGCAAACCCUCAAUUUACACAAGCUCCUUGUAUGUGGAUUCUGUCAGACCAAAAAUUAUGAAAUCUGACUUUUACAGCCUCGCUACAUUACUCGGCUUAUAAGACAACAUAAAGCUAUACAUUGUGUGACCAUGUAUUAGCCCCAAGGCAGGCUUCCUGCAUGUAACUGUGUGGGUGGCCAGCCAGAGGAUGCUGGGAGCCCAUGAAAGAAAAUCUGAAAUUGAAAAUAAAUGCCAACAUUUUUAAUGUACACAGUGUGGGAAUUACAGUGCCCACUGUAAAAAGUAGAUGCCUCUUUAAUCAUCGAUAAAGGGUUAAGUAAUGUUAGUUCUAUAAAGGAUUAGUAAACUAUUUACAUUCAGUGCAUCACAUGUGUCCCAUAUCUAUGCUGUACUGUACAAUGAUUUCCAUACUUAGAAGGAAGUUACAUCAUGAAAUAGCUGUUGUAAGGUAUAAAUCACAUGUACUAAGCAAGGUUAUAUUACAAGUCCCUUAAUAAUGGAAACAAAUAUGACUAAUCAGCUGGACCUUAACUUACGGGUAGGGUACGAUUCAGCGCCGAUGUUUCAGCACCGCCGUUUCAGCGCUAGCCCAUUUCACCACCAGACUAUUCAGUGCCACCAAAUCAAUAAUUUAUUCAAAGAAUCAUACAUAUUUAUGAGAUUGGUUUAUUAAAUUAAAAAUUAUUAAGAAAACAUAUUUAAAAUCGUUUAAAAGAAAGGGUUAGCUUUAUUUUUAGUGUGAUAAAUUGUACGCAGGUAUUCUACUUCCUUUCUGUUCCCAUAUGUAGAAACAAUUUUUAAUAUUCUUUCAUCUGCUUUUCUGUAUUUCAGUAAUUUGGGUUGAGGUUCAUGCCCAGCUGAAAGCUUCUUGAAAUAUUCAUCCCGUCCUUUUUGGACUCGUUUAAGAGCAUAGAUGAAGUUUCAUAUAGUUGGAUGCAACAUUCCCAGUUCGCCUCGUAGUCGUCUGUUUGCAGCUUCAGCAUGGUUAUUGGUUCUAUCUUCUCCUUGUAAAGUUCGUUGGUACAUGUUCCACAUCUCUGGGAAACAAUGGUUGUCUUCUCCCAGUUCCUCUCCGGUAUGGACGACCAAUAUAAUUGUCUUCAAACCAAUUUAAAAGCGGAACCAAUUCCCCAGACAAGUCCAUUGCAAGAGCAUCCACGUGGCGGUCAACGUCAUCAUUUGGUACAAAAGAAAGUGCCGUUACCAUUUUAGCACGUAAAGCAAAGUCGGGAUUGCUAUUAUAUGAACCCAUGAGACCCAUACUUUUUAUCUGUUUUAGUAAAUUUUGCAAUAAAUGGAACAGACAGCCUCUGAUUUCUACAUUGGGAAAGCAGUUGUCAUGGUUUUGGUUAGGCCGGUGGUAUAUGAGUGGAUUAUAUUAUAUAAAGAUAAUAAUAUGUCGUAUUACUUAUUUC